AUGGACUCUCACAGCCACAGUCUCUUUACUUCUUUUUUGCCUUUUCACUUUGCCUUUGCCUUUCCUUCGUUGCUCCGCCUUGCCGCUGAACAAGUUGCCAGAUUCAACACGACAGUACUUCCCCAAUCCCUAUGUCUUUACAAGGAUCCGAUCAUCUCCGUCGGCUUUGCUGCCGUCACCGUCACCACCAUCACCUCCACCACCACUUGCACGAGUCUCUCGUUCCCUUCCCCGUCGGAAACAAUUCAAAUGUGGGGGCUGCUGAGCAUGAAGAAGCCGAUGGUGCUGCCGCCCACAUCUCACAAGAGCAGGAGCAUCUGCAUCAAGAUGAAGAAGAGGAUGACGAACCAAUUUUCGUUCUAACUGACGAGUGGAGGGAUUUCUUUGCAAAAUCUGAAGCUCGAAGGCAACAAGGUGCUCCCUCCGUUCUUAAAUAUAAGCAAAACUUCCAUAUGGUUUGUGUGUGUGUGUGUGUUGUGUUUUUUUUUUGUUUUAAAUUAAAUUAGGGAAAAAAUUGAAGGAUUAAUCACAAGGAUAGUUUUGUUCAAACUUUUUAAUUUCAGACAUAAUAUUAGAGUUAAUCAACUUUUUUAAACUGUGUGAGUUGUUUAAAAUUUUUUAUCUUUGAAAACAGAAGUAGUUAAUAACUCAAUAUUUCUUAUGGAUUCAUUUGCCAACAUUUAUGGAUGAAAUCAACAUUAUUGCAUUAAAAACAAAAAACAAAAAAUAAUUGUGCGCUUGUGAUUAUGUGCCUGUCCUGAACUCAACGGGGGUCCAAAAUGGAGCAUGUCAUCAAGGCACUUGAAGAUGAUUAGGAUGACAGAGUUAGGCAGUUAUUAAUGAACUAAUAUCGUACAU